AUGCACCCCGACUCGCUGGGGCGCAUGGCGGCACGUUCAACGCUUGCCUCGGCCCACCUCGCCAUCACGCCCGCCGCCGCGACCAAGGAGGUGGCCUCGGCGGCCCAGACGAAGCCCUUGUUUGGGCCGCACUUGCCCGAGAGGCCGCCGAAGCACUGGAGGGACUUGCAGCCGCUGCCGCCGUCGCCCACGCUGUAG